AUGCCUUUAGAGGACAUGGUGACAGAUGACUUGUUUCUCACACAAGCUGAAAACACAAAAACACAUCGAUAUCUGUUUGCGGCUCUGUGUUUCAUGUGGCUUUCAUCGGUAUCCCUCCAACCCAAGGGUUGGUGGCAUACGAGUGGAAUACGGACAAAGCAAAACCCAAUCUGGAGAUGGAGUUAUUUACUAAUUCACUUUGAAUCUCACAGACUGAUGAAUAACUCUCCCAUAUGUGUGUCUUGUUGA